UGGGCCUGGGUGCAUGCUCCAUUACUGCUAAAGCUUCUCAGGGAAACGGGAGAGGAGUCUAGAGGGGAGAGGGUGUUAUCUAGGAUAGCAAGCCUCCCUUCUGUAUAUUAAUAUGUAGUCAUGUUUCAGUUAUGUCCUUUGCAGAGACUUCAGUGCGUUCUGGGAAGGUCCAAGAAAUCUGCUGAAGGGAAAAGAAGAACAAAUAGUGCAAGCAGCGGGGACUAGAGCAUCCUGCAGAGCGCCAUGCUACCUCUUCAUCCUGUGUCCUUUCCUCCUCUGCCAUUCUGCCAGGGAAUGGCCCCGGAUACCAAAGUCUAUGACCUCAGAGAGACAGCUUUGUGUCAGAGCUUUCAGAGUGUCUUGAGAGUUCCGCUGCUGGUGUCACCCCCAACUCUGCUCUAAGGCAUCCCAGAGUUCAAAGCAGCUGCAUGGGAGAGACUGAUCCUCAGAGGAACUGAGAACUCCUUAUUCUUUCUUUCAUAGGUACAAUCAGAACAGGCACCAUGAGCUCCACCGAUUGCUCAUCGCAGAAGCUUGACAAGCGUGACUCCAUACACCACAUGAGCCACUCCCAGGCGCGGCCAGAGCUGCCCCCUCUGCCCGUGUCUGCAAAUGAGGAGCCAUCUGAAGUCUAUGAGACUGUCAUGUCGCACAGCUUCUACCCCCCUCUGAUGCAACGCACAGCCUGGACCUUGGCUGUGCCCUUCAAAGAACAGGACCACCACCGUGGACCCAGUGACUCCAUUGGCAACAACUAUUCCUUGAUGGCCCAGGACAUGAAACUGAAAGAUCUGCUGAAGGUCUACCAACCAGUCACCAUCAAUGUUCCUAGGGAUAAGACCAGUCCAGGGCUGCCAUUAGGACCUAAAGCCUCGUCAGAGCCCUCCAAGAAGAAAAUGAAGUUCUCCUUCAAAGUCAAGGAGGAUGCCACCGGGAUGCCGUUGGCCUGCAAACACUCCUCCUCCUUGCCCAUGAAGGAUGACGAGGACUCAUGGCUGGCCCACCCAGGAAGCAGACCCAUGAGUCCAGAGCAGCAGAUGGAUGUGAUGCUGCAACAGGAGAUGGAAAUAGAAAGUAAAGAGAAAAAACCAACUGAGUUAGACCUGGAGAGAUAUUACUACUAUUUGACCAACGGCAUCCGCAAAGACAUGAUUGCCCCCGAGGACGAGGAGGUGAUGAUGCGAAUUUACAAGCUGAUUCCCAAGGUCCUGCUGACAACUCCAGCCCUUGAACCCCUUCAAGUCAAGCUUAGGUCUGAGAAGGAAAGUGACUAUUACUUUAGCCUCAUGAAAAGCAUCGUGGAUUACAUCCUCAUGGACCCAAUGGAGAAGGGAAGGCUGUUCAUCGAGAGCAUCCCUCGCCUGUUUCCUCACAGAGUGAUCCGGGCCCCUGUGCCCUGGCACAACGCCUACCUGAGCGCCAAGAAGUGGAAUGAGGAACAUUUGCACACGGUGAACCCCAUGAUGUACAACCUCAAAGAACUGUGGUUUUCAGAAUUUAAAGACCUCAGAUUUGUUCGAACAGCGGACUUACUGGCUGGAAAGCUGCCCCUGCUGCCUAAUGAGUACCAGGAGGUGAUAAAGAAGCACUGCCUGGAAGCGCGUCAGAUUCUUCUCAACAAGUGGAUCCCCACCUGUGCCCAGCUUUUCAUAUCACUGAAGGAGCACUGGGUCCACUUCGCUCCCAAGAGCGACUACGAUUCCUCUCGAAUCAUCGAGGAAUAUUUUGCUUCUGUUGCCUCCUUCAUGUCACUCCAGCUCAGAGAGAUGGUCACUAAGUCCCUCCAGGACCUCGUUGCCUUCUUCAUGAUACACAAGGAUGGAAACGAUUUUAAGGAGCCUUACCAGGAGAUGGAGUUCUUUAUACCUCAACUAAUCACAAUUAAUCUUGAAGUGGAUGAACCCAUUAUUGUCUUCAACCCAACUUUUGAUGACUGCUGGGAAUUAAUAAAGAAUUCCUUCUUGGAAAUUAUUAAGAAUUCUGAUGGGAUCCCCAAGGUGGAGUCCAUCCUCUUCCCAGAGCUGAAAGGCUAUAGCCUGAUCCUUGGAACUGUUGAUCCUGAAGAGAACCUUGUUUCCGAUUUUGUGAAUCAGACUUUUGAGGUGUUUAAGAAAAAUCAAGUUGGACCUCACAAAUACUUAGAUGUAUACAAAAAGUAUGGCGACUUGCUGGAUAACAUGGCAGAGCAAGGCAUCACUGAGUUCCUAAAGGAAAACCAUGAGAUUGAGGACUUUGUGAUGAGUAUCAAUAGAAUAAAAAAGAGGCGAAAUGAAAUUGCAUCCAUGCACAUCACUGUGCCUUUGGCCAUGUUCUGUCUUGAUGCCUUGUCUCUAAAUCAUGAUCUCUGUGAGCGAGCUCAAAACCUUAAAGACCGUCUGAUUCAGUAUCAAGUGGAUGUAAACCGGGACACCAAUAACAGCAUUUGUAAUCAGUACAGCUCCAUCGCUGACAAAGUCAGUGAGAUCCCUGCCAACACCUCGGAGCUUGUGGCCCUCAUCGAAUUCUUAAGGAAAUCCAGUGAUGUCACUGUGUUCAAACUAAGGAGGCAACUUAGAGAUGCAAGUGAACGGCUUGAGUUCCUGAUGGAUUAUGCAGAUUUGCCCCAAGAGGAUAUCAAACUGAACAGCACCCUGUUCCUCUGGCCUGACCAGAUAGAAGAUGUCUUUGAAAACAGCCGAAAUCUGCUCCUUAACAAGAGGGAUCAGGCAGAGAUGGACCUAAUUAAAAGGUGCUCAGAAUUUGAGUCAAGACUUGAAGGCUACAGCAAAGAGCUGGAAACAUUCAGGAAGCGUGAAGUGAUGACCACAGAAGAAAUGAAGAACAAUGUAGAAAAGCUCAAUGAGCUCUCUAAGAAUCUAGACCUGGCACUGACAGAAUUUGAGUUGAUCAACAAGGAAGAGGAGCUGUUGGAGAAGGAAAAGAGUUCCUUCCCUCUUCUGCAAACCCUCAUGGUCAACAAGGUGCCCUAUGAGCAGCUGUGGGUAACGGCCUAUGAGUUCAGCAUCAAGUCAGAGGAGUGGAUGAAUGGCCCCCUCUUUUUACUGAAUGCUGAGGAAAUUGCAGAGGAGAUAGGGAAUAUGUGGAGGACAACAUACAAGCUGACCAAGACCUUGGUAGAUGUGCCUGCGCCCAGACGCUUAGCAGAGAACGUCAAGUUGAAGAUUGAGAAGUUCAAGCAGCACAUCCCCAUCCUCACCAUCUCCUGCAACCCUGGGAUGAAGGAGCGGCACUGGCAGCAGAUCAGUGAGAUCAUCGGCUAUGAGAUCAAGCCCACAGAGACGACUUGCCUCGCAAACAUGCUGGAAUUCGGAAUCGGCAAAUUUGUGGAAAAGCUGGAGCCCAUUGGUGCAGCUGCCAGCAAGGAAUAUUCUCUGGAGAAAAACUUGGAGAAGAUGAAGUUAGACUGGGUCAACAUGACGUUCAGUUUUGUGAAAUACAGGGACACCGAUACCAGUAUCUUGAGCGCAGUUGAUGACAUUCAAUUGCUCCUCGAUGAUCAUGUCAUAAAGACACAGACUAUGUGUGGCUCCGUAUUCAUCAAGCCAAUAGAAGCAGAGUGUCGGAAAUGGGAAGAAAAGCUAGUUCGGGUGCAGGAUAAUUUGGAUGCCUGGCUAAAAUGCCAAGUCACUUGGCUGUACUUGGAACCGAUCUUCAGCUCAGAAGAUAUCAUAGCCCAGAUGCCAGAGGAAGGCAAGAAGUUUGGCACUGUGGAUAAUUACUGGAAGUCACUCAUGGCUCAGGCGGUGAAAGACACAAGAGUUCUAGUGGCAGCUGACCAGCCAAGAAUGACGGAAAAGCUUCAGGAAGCCAACAUUCUGUUGGAAGAUAUCCAGCGGGGGCUGAAUAACUACCUGGAGAAGAAGAGGCUCUUUUUCCCCAGGUUCUUCUUCCUGUCAAAUGAUGAGCUUCUGGAGAUCUUGUCAGAGACAAAGGACCCACUCAGAGUGCAGCCACACUUGAAGAAGUGCUUUGAAGGAAUUGCCAAGCUGGAGUUCACAGACAAUCUGGAAAUUAAGGGCAUGAUCAGCUCAGAAAAAGAAACCGUCCCGUUCAUCAAGUCAAUCUACCCAGCAAAAGCCAAAGGCAUGGUGGAAAAGUGGCUGCAGCAGGUGGAGCAGAUGAUGCUGGCUAGCAUGCGGCAUGUUAUUGGAAAUGGGAUUGAAGCUUAUGUCCAGGUCCCUCGUAACAUCUGGGUUUUGCAGUGGCCUGGCCAAGUAGUUAUCUGUGUCUCCUCCAUCUUUUGGACCAAGGAGGUAUCUACAGCCGUAGUUGGUGACACUCUACUGGACUUCCUGAAAAAGAGCAAUGACCAGAUCGCAGAGAUCGUUGAACUGGUGAGAGGGAAACUGAGCAGUGGGGCGAGGCUCACUCUUGGGGCCCUCACUGUCAUCGACGUCCAUGCCCGUGAUGUGGUGGCCAAGCUGGCACAGGAUCACGUCACCAGUCUAAAUGAUUUCCAGUGGAUCUCGCAGCUGCGAUACUACUGGGAGGAAAAGAACGUUCAUGUGCAGAUGAUCACCACAGAAGCCUUAUAUGGCUAUGAGUACCUGGGAAACUCCCCCCGCCUGGUGAUCACCCCACUCACAGACCGCUGCUACAGGACUCUAAUGGGAGCUUUGAAGCUAAACCUUGGAGGUGCUCCAGAGGGUCCAGCUGGGACAGGCAAGACAGAAACCACCAAAGAUCUGGCUAAAGCUUUGGCCAAGCAGUGUGUGGUCUUCAAUUGUUCUGAUGGUUUGGAUUACAAAGCCAUGGGGAAGUUCUUCAAGGGGCUGGCCCAAGCUGGAGCAUGGGCCUGUUUCGACGAAUUCAACAGGAUAGAGGUGGAAGUACUGUCAGUGGUAGCCCAGCAGAUCCUCAGCAUUCAACAAGCAAUUAUCCGGAAGCUGAAGGUAUUCAUGUUUGAAGGCACUGAGCUCUUGCUGAACCCAACCUGUGCCGUCUUCAUCACUAUGAACCCUGGGUAUGCUGGCAGAGCCGAGCUGCCAGAUAACCUCAAGGCCUUAUUCCGAACAGUGGCCAUGAUGGUGCCAGACUAUGCUCUCAUUGGUGAAAUCUCUCUCUAUUCUAUGGGCUUUCUGGACUCCAGGAGUCUUGCCCAGAAGAUUGUCGCCACCUACCGAUUGUGUUCUGAGCAACUCUCGUCCCAGCACCACUAUGACUAUGGCAUGCGGGCCGUCAAGUCUGUGCUCACAGCCGCAGGCAAUCUGAAACUUAAGUACCCCGAAGAGAAUGAAAGUGUUUUGCUGCUCCGGGCCUUGCUGGAUGUCAACCUCGCCAAAUUCUUGGCUCAAGAUGUCCCCCUGUUUCAGGGAAUUAUCUCAGAUCUGUUUCCUGGAGUUGUCCUUCCAAAGCCGGACUAUGAGGUUUUCCUGGAAGCGCUGAACAACAACAUCAGAAAUAUGCAGCUGCAGCCAGUGCCUUGGUUUAUUGGGAAGAUCAUCCAGAUCUACGAGAUGAUGCUGGUAAGACAUGGCUACAUGAUCGUUGGAGAUCCCAUGGGUGGCAAGACAUCUGCUUAUAAAGUUCUGGCUGCAGCUCUGGGUGAUUUACAUGCAGCCAACCAAAUGGAGGAGUUUGCUGUGGAGUUCAAGAUCAUCAACCCCAAGGCCAUCACCAUGGGGCAGCUCUAUGGCUGCUUUGAUGCAGUGAGUCAUGAGUGGACUGAUGGAGUCUUAGCCAACGCGUUCCGGGAACAAGCGUCUUCCCUCACUGAUGACCGCAAAUGGAUUAUAUUUGAUGGUCCAGUAGAUGCUGUUUGGAUUGAAAAUAUGAACACUGUCCUGGAUGACAAUAAAAAGCUGUGUUUAAUGAGUGGUGAGAUCAUACAGAUGAGCCCCAAGAUGAGUCUGAUCUUUGAGCCAGCAGAUCUGGAGCAGGCCUCCCCUGCCACUGUGAGCAGGUGUGGGAUGAUCUACAUGGAGGCUCACCAACUAGGCUGGAAGCCCUUGAAGGACUCAUACAUGGACACUUUGCCAUCCAGUCUCUCCAAAGAGCACCAUGAACUGGUUGAGGACAUGUUCAUGUGGCUUGUCCAACCCUGCCUGGACUUUAAUCGCCUCCACUGCAAAUUUGUGGUGCAAACAUCUCCCAUUCACCUAGCCUUCUCAAUGAUGCGGCUGUACUCCUCUCUGCUUGAUGAAAUCAGGAACAGUAUGGAGGAAGAAAGUGAGUUAUAUGAAAGUCUGUCAAGCCAGCAGAUCUUCCUCUGGCUACAAGGGCUGUUUCUCUUCUCCUUGGUGUGGACUGUGGCAGGUACCAUCAAUUCUGAGAGCAGAAAGAAAUUUGAUUUGUUUUUCCGCAACCUGAUCAUGGGUGUGGAUGAUCGUUACCCAAGGCCCAAAAGUGUGAAACUCACCAAAAACAACAUCUUCCCAGAAAGAGGAAGCAUCUAUGAUUUUUACUUCCUCAAACAAGGUGGUGGACACUGGAAUGCAUGGACGGAAUAUAUCACCAAGGAGGAGGAAACUAUCCCUGCGAAUGCAAAGGUGUCAGACCUCAUCAUCCCGACAAUGGAGACAGCCCGGCAGUCCUUCUUCUUAAAAAUCUACCUGGACCACGAGAUCCCGAUACUGUUUGUGGGUCCCACAGGCACCGGCAAAUCAGCCAUCACCAACAACUUCCUCCUGCACCUUCCCAAAAAUAUCUUCUUGCCCAACGUCAUCAAUUUCUCUGCCAGAACUUCAGCCAAUCAGACCCAGGAUAUCAUCAUGGCUAAGCUGGACCGCCGGAGGAAAGGCCUUUUUGGGCCUCCCAUAGGGAAGAAGGCAGUGGUGUUCGUAGAUGACCUUAACAUGCCAGCCAAAGAAGUGUAUGGAGCCCAGCCCCCCAUCGAACUGCUGAGACAAUGGAUUGACCACGGCUACUGGUUUGACAAGAAAGACACGAACAGGCUGGACAUUGUGGAUGUUCUGCUGGUGACUGCCAUGGGCCCCCCUGGUGGAGGAAGGAAUGACAUCACGGGACGGUUCACUCGCCAUCUGAACAUUGUUUCCAUCAACGCCUUUGAAGAUGACAUCUUAACCAAGAUUUUCAGUUCUAUCGCCGACUGGCACUUUGGGAAAGGGUUUGAUGUCAUAUUCUUACGGUAUGGAAAGAUGCUGGUCCACGCAACUCAGACAAUUUACAGAGCUGCAGUGGAGACCUUCUUGCCAACUCCCUCCAAGUCACAUUAUGUCUUUAACCUUCGGGAUUUCUCACGGGUGAUCCAGGGUGUACUUCUGUGCCCCCACACCCACCUGCAGGAUUUGGAAAAGUUUAUCCGGCUUUGGAUCCAUGAGGUUUACCGAGUCUUCUAUGACCGUCUGAUUGACAAUGACGACAGGCAGACUUUCUUCAACCUGGUAAAGGAAACCACCUCCAAUUGCUUCAAGCAGACCAUGGAGAAGGUGCUCAUCCACUUAUCACCCUCGGGGAAGAUAGUUGACGAUAACAUCCGCAGCCUCUUCUUCGGGGACUUUUUGAAGCCAGAAAGUGACACAAAAAUCUACGAUGAAAUCACUGACCUGAAAGUCCUCACAGGGGUAAUGGAAUACUACCUGGAUGAGUUCAACAGCAUCAGCAAGGCCCCCAUGUCUUUGGUCAUGUUCAAGUUUGCCAUCGAGCACAUCUCCAGAAUCUGCAGAGUCCUGAAGCAGAACAAAGGCCACUUGCUCCUGGUGGGCAUCGGGGGCAGUGGGCGUCAGAGCGCCACCAAACUGUCCACGUUCAUGAACUCCUAUGAGCUGUACCAGAUCGAGAUCACCAAGAACUACACAGGCAGUGACUGGAGAGAGGACGUGAAGAAGAUAAUGCUGCAGUCUGGAGUGGCCACUAAGAGCACUGUGUUCCUCUUCUCUGACAACCAGAUCAAGGACGAGUCAUUUGUAGAGGACAUCAACAUGCUCCUGAACACAGGGGAUGUGCCCAAUAUCUUCCCAGCUGAUGAGAAGGCGGACCUUGUGGAGAAGAUGCAGACUGCAGCCAGGACAGAAGGAGAGAAGAUUGAAGCCACUCCCUUGUCCAUGUACAACUUCUUUAUUGAGAGAGUGAGAAAGAACCUUCACAUUGUUCUUGCCAUGAGUCCCAUCGGAGAUGCCUUCAGAACCCGCCUGAGGAUGUUUCCUUCGCUUAUCAACUGCUGCACAAUUGACUGGUUCCAGUCCUGGCCAACCGAUGCCCUGGAGUUGGUGGCCAACAAAUUUCUGGAGGAUGUGGAGCUUGAGGACAGCGUUCGGACAGAGGUUGUGUCCAUGUGCAAAUACUUUCAGGAGAGUGUGAAGAAGUUAUCCCUUGAUUACUACAACACACUUCUCAGGCACAACUACGUGACCCCCACCUCCUACCUUGAAUUGAUCCUAACCUUCAAAGCACUCCUGAAUAGCAAGAGACAAGAGGUGGACACCAUGAGGAACCGCUACUUGGCAGGCUUGCAGAAACUGGACUUUGCAUCUUCACAAGUGGCUGUCAUGCAAGUUCAGCUGACUGCCCUUCAACCACAGCUCAUCCUCACCUCUGAGGAGACGGCAAAGAUGAUGGUGAAAAUUGAAGAGGAGACGAAAGAAGCUGAUGCCAAGAAACUUCUGGUGCAGGCUGAUGAGAAGGAAGCUAAUGCCGCUGCAGCCAUCUCUCAAGCGAUCAAGAAUGAAUGUGAGGGGGACCUGGCUGAGGCUAUGCCAGCACUUGAGGCUGCCCUCGCUGCCCUCGACACCCUGAACCCAGCUGAUAUCACUCUGGUGAAGUCCAUGCAGAAUCCACCAGGCCCUGUCAAGCUGGUUAUGGAGAGCAUUUGCGUCAUGAAGGGACUGAAGCCAGAGAGGAAGCCAGACCCCAGUGGCUCCGGUAAGAUGAUAGAAGAUUACUGGGGAGUGUCGAGAAAGAUCCUUGGAGAUCUAAAGUUCUUGGAAAGUCUCAAGACAUAUGACAAAGACAACAUCCCCUCGGUGGUUAUGAAGCGAAUCCGGGAAAGGUUCAUUGAUCACCCUGAUUUCCAGCCAGCUGUCAUUAAAAAUGUAUCAUCUGCCUGUGAGGGCCUGUGCAAGUGGGUGAGGGCCAUGGAAGUGUAUGACCGAGUGGCCAAGGUUGUGGCUCCCAAGCGGGAGCGACUGAAGGAGGCUGAGGGGAAGCUGGAAAUACAGAUGCAGAAGCUGAACCAGAAACGGGCCGAGCUGAAGUUGGUGGAAGACCGCCUCCAGGCUCUCAAUGAUGACUUUGAACAGAUGAACACCAAGAAGAUGACACUGGAGGAGAAUAUUGAGAUCUGCUCCCAGAAGCUGAUCAGAGCAGAGAAGCUGAUCAGUGGUCUUGGUGGAGAGAAGGACAGAUGGACAGAAGCUGCCCGGCUGCUGGGGGUCCGCUAUAAUAACCUGACAGGGGAUGUGUUAUUGUCCUCUGGGACUGUGGCUUACCUGGGCGCCUUCACAGUGGAUUAUCGGGCCCAAUGCCAAAAGGAAUGGUUAGAUUGCUGUAAGGACAAGGUCAUUCCAGGCUCCUCUGACUUCAGCCUCAGCCACACCCUAGGGGAUCCCAUUAAGGUUCGUGCCUGGCAGAUAGCUGGGCUUCCCGUUGACUCCUUUUCUGUUGACAAUGGCAUCAUCGUGUCCAAUUCCAGACGUUGGCCCUUAAUGAUUGAUCCUCAGGGACAGGCCAAUAAGUGGGUGAAGAACAUGGAAAAAGCAAACAAGCUGUCUAUCAUCAAGUUCUCUGAUAGCAACUAUGUGAGGACUCUGGAAAAUGCUCUGCAGUUCGGCACCCCUGUCUUGCUGGAAAACGUUGGAGAAGAGUUGGACGCCUUUAUUGAACCCAUCUUGCUGAAGGCAACAUUCAAACAGCAAGGAGUCGAGUACAUGAGACUAGGUGAAAAUAUCAUCGAAUACUCUAGGGACUUUAAGUUCUAUAUAACAACACGUCUGAGAAAUCCACAUUAUCUCCCUGAAAUCGCCGUGAAAGUCUGCCUUCUCAACUUCAUGAUCACGCCCUUGGGUCUCCAAGAUCAACUCCUUGGUAUUGUGGCUGCCAAGGAGAAGCCGGAACUAGAAGAGAAAAAAAACAAGUUGAUUUUAGAAAGUGCUCAGAAUAAGAAGCAGCUGAAGGAAAUUGAAGAUAAGAUCCUAGAGGUCUUGUCCUUGUCUGAGGGCAACAUCCUCGAAGAUGAGACUGCCAUCAAAGUUCUGUCCUCUUCCAAAGUGCUGUCUGAGGAAAUCUCUGAGAAGCAGGAAAUAGCCUCUGUAACAGAAACACAGAUUGAUGAGACCCGGAUGGGCUACAAGCCUGUGGCUAUUCACUCUGCCACCAUCUUUUUCUGCAUCUCCGACUUGGCCCACAUCGAACCUAUGUACCAGUAUUCUCUGACUUGGUUCAUCAACCUCUACGUGCAGUCCCUAGCCAACAGCAGCAAGAGCAACGAGCUGGAUCUGCGGAUUGAGUACAUCAUUGAACAUUUCACGCUGAGCAUCUACAACAACGUGUGUCGCUCACUGUUUGAGAAGGACAAGCUACUUUUCUCCCUCCUCCUGACCAUUGGCCUUUUAAAGGAAAAAAAGGCAAUCAAUGAAGAAGUUUGGUACUUCCUUCUAACUGGAGGUGUGGCCCUGGAUAACCCUUUCCCCAACCCAGCUCCUGAUUGGUUAUCAGAAAAGUCGUGGGGUGAGGUUGUUCGAGCUUCCUCCUUACCCAGACUGAAAGGUCUGAUGGAAGAUUUCGUACAAAAUGUCCAAGAAUGGAAGCGUAUCUAUGACUCAGCCUGGCCACACGAGGAGAUACUGCCCUCACCUUGGAAGUUCCUUCACACACUGGAACGGAUGGUGAUCCUGCGAUGUUUGCGGCCCGACAAGAUGGUCCCAGCCAUUCAAGACUUCAUCUCUGAAACCAUGGGAAAGGUGUUCAUCGAAGCCCCAACCUUUGACCUCCAGGGAUCCUACAAUGAUUCCAAUUGUUGUGCACCACUGAUUUUCAUACUGUCUCCAGGUGCAGACCCAAUGGCAGGUCUGCUGAAGUUUGCAGAUGAUGUUGGCAAGGGAGGUACCAAAACACAGACCAUCUCCCUCGGACAAGGACAAGGUCCUAUUGCUGCCAAAAUGAUCCACAAUGCCAUCCAAGAAGGGACCUGGGUGGUCCUCCAGAACUGCCACCUGGCUACAAGCUGGAUGCCUGCUCUGGAGAAGAUCUGUGAGGAGGUGAUUACCCCUGAGAACACCAAACCGGAGUUCAGACUCUGGCUAACAAGCUACCCAUCAGAGAAGUUUCCCGUCAGCAUCCUCCAGAAUGGGAUCAAAAUGACCAAUGAGCCCCCCAAAGGACUCAGGGCCAAUCUUCUGCGUUCCUACCUCAACGACCCAGUCUCGGACCCUAAGUUCUUCCAGAGCUGCACAAAGCCAGUUAUAUGGCAGAAACUGUUGUUUGGACUUUGCUUCUUCCAUGCCAUUGUCCAAGAGAGGAGGAACUAUGGAGCCCUAGGUUGGAACAUCCCUUAUGAGUUCAAUGAGUCUGACCUGAGGAUUAGCAUGCGGCAGAUCCAGAUGUUUCUGAAUGACUACAAAGAGGUGCCCUUUGAAGCGCUGACCUACCUGACAGGGGAAUGUAAUUAUGGUGGCAGAGUGACUGAUGACAAAGACAGGCGUCUUCUGCUGUCCCUCCUGUCCCGUUUCUACUGUAAGGAAAUUGAAUCAUCAGAUCGCUACUCCAUUGCUCCUGGAGAUGUUUACUACAUUCCUCCCAUGGCAACUACCAGAUUUCCUUUCCAGUCCUACAUUGAGUAUCUCAGGACCCUUCCCAUCACUGCACACCCUGAAGUAUUUGGUCUCCAUGAGAAUGCUGACAUCACCAAGGACAACCAGGAAACCAACCAACUUUUCCAAGGAGUGCUGUUGACGCUCCCAAGACAGUCAGGAGGGAGUGGGAAGUCUCCUCAGGAAGUGGUUGAGGAGCUAGCCCAGGAUAUACUCUCCAAGCUUCCCAGAGACUUUAACCUUGAAGAGGUAAUGAAGUUGUACCCUGUGGUCUAUGAGGAAUCUAUGAAUACCGUUCUAAGGCAGGAGCUCAUCAGAUUCAACAGGCUGACCAAAGUGGUUCGCAGAAGCCUUAUUGAUCUUGGCCGUGCCAUCAAAGGGCAAGUCCUAAUGUCCUCGGAGCUAGAGGAAGUCUUCAGUAGUAUGCUCGUGGGUAAAGUGCCAGCCAUGUGGGCAGCCAAGUCCUACCCGUCACUGAAGCCCCUGGGGGGUUAUGUUGCUGACCUAUUGGCCCGCCUGGCCUUCUUCCAGGAAUGGAUCAUCAAUGGACCCCCUGUGGUCUUCUGGAUUUCUGGGUUCUACUUUACACAGUCUUUUUUGACGGGAGUUUCUCAGAAUUUUGCCAGGAAAUACACCAUCCCCAUUGACCACAUUGGAUUUGAAUUUGAGGUAACCACACAAGAGACGGCUAUGGAGGAUAGCCCAGAAGACGGGGCCUAUAUCAAAGGGCUUUUUCUUGAGGGUGCCCGUUGGGAUAGGAAAACAAUGCAAAUUGGAGAAUCUUUCCCUAAAAUCCUCUAUGACCCAUUGCCCAUCAUUUGGCUGAAACCUGGGGAGAGUGCAUCAUUCCUGCAUCAGAACAUUUAUGUGUGUCCAGUGUAUAAGACAAGUGCCCGGAGAGGCACCCUCUCUACCACUGGCCACUCUACAAACUACGUCCUGUCCAUUGAGCUUCCAACAGACAUGCCCCAGAAGCACUGGAUAAACCGAGGUGUGGCCUCACUGUGCCAGCUGGAUAAUUAAUGGCAGGUGCCUCAAAAUUGAGAGUAAAUGGUGUUUCAUUCUCCAUUAUAAUAUAGUCUUUCAUUCUUGAAUUAUAUAGACCGAAGGUAACAAUGAUAUAAUAAUUACAUAAAUAGAGCCAGACAUUUCAUAGCAGCCCUAUUAAGUAGGUUAUCAUUAUUAUUGUUGUCAUCAUUUCAUGGCUGCAGAAACCACGAGAAGGUAGGCAGUACUCCCAAAUUAGAUAGAUACUAAACUUGGAACAGAGGCAGUGUGACCUUCCACCUAGACUUGUGAUCUUUUGGCUUAAGCUUGCUUGGGGUUGUUUUCUUUACCUGGGGUUUUUCUGUCACUGUCACAGAAUUUCAGUCAUUUCUUUUCCAUAAAAGAUUGAGAAGGAUUUGAUUUUUUUUUAAAAAGCUCUUGGUAUAUUUUAUUAAUAUUGCUGUGUGUGUGUGUGUGUGUGUGU